AUGGAUCGAUGGUCUAAGGGACGAGUUAUCUUAGUGGGCGAUGCAGGUUAUUCCACAGGAGUCAGUGGUAGGGGUACAACUCUGGCCUUUAUUGGCGCUUACAUUCUCGCUGGUGAGAUUGGUCGCCAUCAAGAUCAUACAAAGGCUUUCAUACAAUACGAAACACUGAUGCGUCCAUACGUUACUGCAGCCCAAGAAAUGACUCCAGGAUCAAUUCGCUUGUUUAUGCCAAAAACGCGUACUGCGAUUGCGCUCAGGAAUACUUUACUGAGUUUUGCAGCCAGACCUGCCGUUGCUGGACUUAUUAAAAGGCUCACCGAAUCAAAGGCGGCUGAGAAAGUGACGCUUCCGGAUUACGAGACCACAUUGGUUCAACAAUAG